GUUUGUUGCACUUUUUCGUUCAUACCAUGUAUGUAGUAUUUAGUAUUGAUUGUAUUCGGUAAUUCGUAAGUGUUGCGAAAUGGACGAAAUACCGACGAAUUUCGUUGACAAUGUUACGCAUUACACUUUAUAUGCAAACAAGUUAUCAGACUGCAACAAGCUGGAAGAAAUUCUCUUAAAAUGUCAAGCAAUAGUUGCAAAAGAAACGCAUGGACACAUCUGGCAAAACGAGCCAUUCCAAUUAAGCAUAUGCAAAACAACAACACCAUUUUCGCUAAAAGGUAAUACUAACUAUGGCGAUUCCGUUGACGACGAAUGGUUUAUUGUGUAUUUGCUGCACAAGAUAACUAUAAGCCUAACUCAAUUGGUUGCUACUAUAAAUGACAGUGAUGGCGAGUUCUUAUUAAUAGAGGCUGCUGAAUAUCUACCAAAAUGGCUUACACCUACAACAUGUAAUAACAGAGUAUUUAUUAGUAAAGGGUUGGUACAUAUUGUGCUUAAACCAGCUUCUCCGUCCGAAAUUGACAUACUGCCUAUUGGGGACCCUACCCUACAGCAAGCAUUAGAUGCUGUGUCUAAUUAUCCAUGGUUAACACAGGCAAGCUCUUCCAUAAUUUCAUGUAUUCAGAAACGUAUAAGUGGUUUCCCAUGUCAAGAUAAUGUGUUUCAUGCAAAUGUGUACUUGUGCGAAAGUAUUGUGCAUUUAUUGGACAAGAACCCAUCCCUAAUUUCUCCAGCUGUGCAAGCGUUUUAUUUGAGAAAUCCCGUUGAUUUAAGAGCUUGUAGAAACUUCACUUAUUUUAAACCGGAAAAUCGUGUAUGGUCUCAAAUACCAAUGACGCGAUGUCAUUAUGCACAGCUAAUGCAACAGCAGUUCAUUGCAGACAAGCGUAGUGGGUAUUUACCCAGCUCUGCCCUACCCCCUAAACAAAACAAAGGUGUUGACUUAGGUAUGAAAAUAUCUCACGGUUUAGAGAUACUUUGCUCUAAAGUAAAACCAACAAAAAGUGCUGAAAAUUCUGCCGAAACUGCUUUAUUUGAUGAAGACAAGUUUAACAGUUUUGUUUCUUACCUUAAAGAAACCGGUUAUUUCCGGAAUGAACUGGAAGGGUCCAAACUUUAUAAUCAAUUAAAAAUUGAGGCACAAAAAUUUUUCACUGAAAAUUGCGUUUCGGAUAGAAAUGUACCUACUGAGCAAGAUGUGCUUGUAAAUAUGGUGAAAAUGCUUAAAAUUUGGGGAAAAAGUGGGUUUCCGAAAUUAGAGACACUUGUCAUUAAAGAUAUACUGGAAGAGCUACCUAAUGAAAGUUCUGAUAAAUGGAUGUAUUUAGACGAAAACGCAGUUGAAGAGUUAACCAAAGAAAUGAAUUUGGGGUUCAAAAAUCUGCAUAUUGGAAAAAAGAAGAAAAAAACUGCGGACUUGUCUCAGGAAACUAUAAAAGAAACUGUGGAAAAAAUGAAAACUUUUGUGGGUGAAGUCUCUGGCCUCGAGGGCGUAGAAACUACAAAUGAUAUAUCCCCAGUGGUUUUUGAUGUCGAAAAUUUUAUGUUAAACGUUGAAAAUAUGCUUGGUCAUGCUGAGAAUAUGUCCGAUGAAUCCUCAAGUGAGUUUUUAACAAGCGAUGAAGAAACAGACACAGAUUUAGAGGAAGAAAAAAAUGAAAUACAGGAAUACAUGGAAAAAAUGGACUCCGAAUUGUCUGCUACCGCUGUUGGAAAAAGUUUUGUAAAACUCAAGUCUGAAAAUGCUGGCGUUAGUGAAAAUAUUUCUACAGAAGAACAAAAAUUAAAUGAAGAUAACGCGCCGGUUAAUAUCGAUUUGAAUUUAGUUGAGAACUUUUUACAAGGGUGUCACAGCCAAGCUGGGUUAGCAGGUCCCGUUACAAAUGUUUUGGGAAGCCUUGGCAUUAAUAUACCUUCAGGUGUAGAUUUAAAUUGACUUUUAUAUUCCAGGUUCUAAAAAACUAUCGUUUUUGGCAUAUCGUUUUUAGGCAGAAAAUAUCGUUUUUGUUUUGUUGAAUCUGUGCCCCAAAUUUUUUGUGGAAUCAUAAAUUAUUACUUAGAAUCAUAGGCCCAAACCUAGGCAGGCCUACCCGGAAAUUUUCUGCAUUGCAUUAAUCGAAAAUUAGCACCAAAUUUGUUGUAAAGUUAUGCAUGUCUAACUAUUCCUGCAUUCAAAAGUUGGGUGCCUAUGCGUAAUACAACCAUAACUGCAAUGCAAAUGAGUGACAUUUUUUAAAAGGUGUUUUGGGCAUAUGACACCUAUACCUUGUGAAUGUGCAAUUGUUUGCAGAUAAAACAGGCAUUGUAUUAUUAUGUUAACAUGUUUAUUGAAUUUUAUCAUGAUCCAAAUUUUAAUAUAUAUUUCAAAAUUCUAAUGCAAUUAAAAAACGAUGUAAAUUUUCUCUUCUGGUAAAAUUAUGCCUCUUAACAACAACAGUAAAAUUAAAUAAACGUUUUUUUACCGCCUACUGCCAAUUUAUACUCUUGUUUUUUGCAG